AUGAUGCCGCUGCUGGAAGUGGGUGUCAAUGGACUAAGGCGGUGCCUAGGCGGCAGCAACGGGGAGAGCGGCUCUCUUGUCUUCCGCUACGGCCCCAGGGCGGUUGUGAAGGGCAAUAAAAUACUGCUUCUGCUGAUGAGCUACACGGAACCCACAGGGACACCGAAGCCAAACUCACAGGGAAGUUGGGAGGCUGCGCUGCACGAGGGCACAGUCGCAGACUCCAGUGGAUCCAAGUCCAUCACGUGGACGACAUCCACAACGCCAUCAUCACCAGCGCUGAAUUCCACCUUCACCACAGAGAUGGGUAAAAAGAAAUGGAGGUCCUUCGUGGACAACGCAGGGCGGGGCGUUGUGCAUAAAAGUAAGGUUUUCUUCCCCCUGGUGGCGGUGAGCUCCGAAAGCGGCGUGCGUGUCUGCACAGUCAUCUCUUUGACGGAGCGCAACGGAGAGACUGCGGGGGGCGGGACGUGGAGUUUCUCUUCGGGCGUUCCGAUGGCUGAGGGCUGCGUCGCCGCGACGCUCCUCGAGUGGAAAGAGAAACUCCUCAUGAUCGCCGUGACUGAACUUCGGCGCUACCGGCUGUACGGGUCGGCUGACGCGGGGGCGACGUGGACGGAGAUGACGGGGACGCACGCGCACCUGUUGGGCGACUUCCUCAACGGCGUUGAGCCCGGCGAGGGAGACGACUUCAUCACCGCGACCAUCGACGGGACGGAGGUGGUGCUGUUUGCCCGGCGGUGGCACAGCUACGACAACGCGACAGGCGCCACUCGAAGUGUGCUCCAGCUUUGGGUGACCGACGGCAGGCGCCUGCAUCCGGUGGGCCCGAUCUCGACGGAGCCGCCGCAGAGCCACGACUUCAGUGCCCUGCUGCACACAGGUGACAAUGGCUUGUUUGCCAUGUACGAGAGGAGAGACAAUACGUCGAGCGGCCUUCUUCUUGCGCCC